AUGGGACGCCCCCUUUCUCCGAUAGAUCAAGAGACCGCUACUGUUGAGCCGAUUUCUGUUUCUGGAGACGACUUUGAAUGCGCACAAGUUGUUUCCAGCCAUGCUGAGAGAUGCCCAGAGCCCGAUGUCGGGGCUGUUGAUUUGAUAUCCGAGGAUGUCAAUAAAAUCAUGGAUUCGCUAAAGCUCGCCCCCGCUCUUAAAGAAGACCCACUGGCCAUCAAUGAGCAUUUUGAUGUCUCCGAGGAAAUCUCCGGCCGCACUGAGGAGCCUCAUGUUGCCAAUGAGGAGAAACCUUUUCUGCCAAUUAAUAGAUCAUGUCUUGAUGAGGAGUGCGAGGCCUUUUGUAGGCACAUCAACUGCAUCUUGCCGGUUGAAAAGUUUGCGAUCCUCGAAAAAAACAAAUAUUUACCGUUGAAAGUAAGCAGCUUUUUCGACUCUCUUCGAGAUGGAGUUGUUCUGGCAUUUCUUUUAAAUGCCAUCCAGCCAAAUAUGAUCCCCAUUUCAUCCAUUUGUAUCGGCAUCAAGAUAUCGAAAAUGAAGUCGUCAUAUAAGGCCCUGCACAAUUUGAAUGAAAAUCUCAGACUUGUCCUAGAUGGUGCAAAGAAGAUCCGCUCCAUUCAUCUUGUAAAUAUCGGUGCCGAGGAUAUUCAGUCUGGAAACAAGCAUCUGAUUUUGGGACUUGUUUGGCAGCUGAUCCGUCAAUGGUAUGUGUCCGGUCUCAAUAAUUUAUCCCCGCCUGCUUCAGAAGAUAAGAUCGCCUCGACAUCCCAGAAAGACCUGUCUGCAGAAGGUAUUCUGAUUCGCUGGAUCAAUGACAUACUUUGUCUUGACCAGCCAAUCAGCAACCUCGGUGGCGAUAUGGCAGAUUGCAAAAUAUACGCAAUGCUGUUGGACAAAAUCUUUGAAAGCGACCAAAAUGGCCAGAAAAUUGGCGAACUCGUCGAAAAGGAGCCCAACUAUGAGGCCAGAGCAGCCUUGAUUACGACUUUGAUGUCCUCAAAACUUCCAUAUGUUCGAGCUGAAGAUAUCUCCAAUCCAAGAUUGAAUCUAUGCAUCGUUGCAGAUUUGUUCAAGUGCUCCCAAUCCGUGGUGAAGAACCAUGCUGAGGAAGUCAAGAAUAGCCGGGCAGAAAUUAGUGGCUGGGAGGCUACUCUUCAAGCGGAACGGUCGUCAUAUGCUAGCCAACUGGCCAGCCUUUCCGAGCAACAUUCAAAGACCAUCGAAGAGUUGGAGCAAAAGCUGUCCCAAACGUACACGUUUUUCAAUGAGCAGCAACGGGCAUGGGAGCAGCAAUCGGACUCUGUCGGCAUAGCCAUAGCAGCAUUGGCCACCAGGAUCAACCACAUUUCCCCCGAGGGCGGAAAAGAUCUUCUUCCACUGUCCACCCUGCUUCAAAACAGCUCAUCAUCUAUGGAGCUGAUAUCAUAUUGCCAGACACAGCUGGACAGGAUUGAAGCCUUUCAAAAGCGAUUGCUUGACGAUAAGAGCAAGCUUUGUACGACAAUUUCCCUCAACAAGCAUGCAAAUGAAUUGAUGUCUGCACGCGUGCGCGAGUUUUCGCAAGAGCUUGCCGAGAAAAAGAAAGCUCCUAGUGUGUCUUCAAGGGGCGCAAAAUCGCUUUACUUCAAAAGCAAAAUUCUUUCCUGGGGAUCUGGAGCAUCUUCUGCAAGAGGAGUGAGAUCGGAAUUGAAUUAA